CGGUUGUGAAGCCGACGGCGAGGCUUCCACCAUGCUGGUGCCGGCAGAUAUGCUGGCCGCGCAGUCCAAAAUGCUCUAUCAGAUCAACAAAUAUUACGGGGAACGGGUGCAAACACGAAUGGCCACCAUCGCCAAAACCAUCCGCGAAGUGUGCAAAGUGGUCCAGGACGUGCUGAAAGAGGUCGAGGUCCAGGAGCCCAGGUUCAUAUCCUCCCUCACCGAAUGCAACGGGCGGUACGAGGGUCUUGAGGUCAUUUCACCCGUAGAGUUCGAGGUCGUGCUCUACCUCAACCAAAUGGGCGUGUUCAACUUUGUCGAUGAUGGUACUCUACCAGGUUGUGCGGUUCUGAAACUCAGCGACGGAAGGAAGCGCUCAAUGUCUCUUUGGGUGGAGUUCAUCACAGCUUCUGGGUACCUUUCAGCUAGAAAGAUUCGUUCCAGGUUUCAAACUCUCGUAGCUCAAGCUUGUGAUAAGUGUUCGUACCGUGAUAGUGUUAAGAUGAUCUCCGAUACAACUGAAGUGAAACUGCGCAUCAGAGAGAGGUAUAUAGUGCAAAUAACGCCUGCUUUUAAAUGUUCUGGGGUUUGGCCCAGGUCUGGAGCGCAUUGGCCCCUUCCACACAUUCCAUGGCCACACCCAAACCUCGUCGCUGAAGUGAAGACUGAAGGUUUUGAUCUGUUGAGCAAGGAAAGUGUUGCUGCGCAAGGUAAACAGUCUUCCAUGGAAGGAGACGCCUGGGUUCUUUCAUUUCUCGAAGCUGAAAAUCGACUUCUUCAAGGUGGUUGUCGCAGGAGGUGUCUAAGUAUCCUGAAGACUCUAAGAGACAGGCAUUUGGAUCUUCCUGGGAACCCAGUCAGUAGUUAUCACUUAAAGACGUUGUUGCUAUAUGAAUGUGAGAAACACCCGCGAGAAUCAGAGUGGGACGAAUCUUGUAUCGCGGAUAGAAUUAAUGGGAUUUUUUUGCAGUUGAUUUCUUGUUUGCAAUGUAGGAGGUGUCCUCACUAUUUUCUUCCCAAUUUGGACUUAUUCAAAGGCAAAUCGCCGAGCGCUCUGGAAAAUGCUGCAAAACAAGUGUGGAGGCUUACAAGGGAAAUGUUAACGAAUACUCGAUGUCUUGAAAAACUGUAAUGUGUGCUAGAUAAUGGACUUCUGGUGCCAGAUACGACUGUUCCUCUUGCAAUAUAAAUAUAGUUAAUACCGUUCCAGUUUAAACUACAUACCUACCCAACAUUCUGUUACUGUUUUUCAAAAAUUAAUGAAUUAGAUGUUAUAGUUUCUUAGUGGUGAAAGUGGUCACCACCACAGAGGUGCCGGCGGAAUUAGAAAUUUUCAUGCAGAAAACAGUAAACGCACAAUUAGGUACUUCCAAUUAUUCUAAUGCUUAGUUUAGGUGUAUAAUACUUUGCUGUUGUAAAUAUUUGUUACCCUUACCAUACCGUACGUGAACAUAUUACAAAAAAUACUUCGAACGUAUAGUUUUUUUUGACGGCUAUAUCUAGAAGAUAUAUUUAGCAAUGUUGUACCUAGGUAUGUUCCUUAUUGUGAAAGUUACCAAAGAAAAGCAAUGUACUAUUUUGGUUUAAAAUCAAUAGAAAAAUCUGAUAUUUUAUAUUAUUUAUUUGAGAUAUACCUAAAUAAAAUAAUACAGGUACACAAAAAUAGGAAUCUCAAUAAUUAUGUCUGGAUAUAGAUAGAUAUUAGAAAAAAUUGUAUUCUGUUUUUGUUACAGUACGCU